CUCGGAUUCAAACCAAGGCCCAGGUGAUACAGGCGGUGUCGUCUGCCACCCGUAAAUUGUGGACGAUUCACAACCGUCCCCGUCGACUUGCCCUCCCUGAGAACCAAUCACCAUGACGACCAAAUCCCACAACAACGACCUAGGCGGCAAGGCCUCCUCCUCCCCCCUCCUCUCCUCUCCCGCCCGCCAGCGCCUGGUGACCAAGGACGGGCACUGCACCCUGGGCGCACCGCCCCCGCCCCCAGGCCUGUGGCCCUGGGCGCCGGGCCGCGCCUGGCUGCUUACCUUCCAGGACCUGUGGGGGGCGGUGGUUGGUCUUCGCUGGCGCUGGGUGCUGCUGGCCUUCUGCGCCUCCUUCGUAGCCCACUGGCUGCUGUUCGCCUGCCUGUGGUACCUGCUAGCGCACCUCAACGGGGACCUGGCCGUGCUGGACCACGACGCGCCGCCACUCGGACACGUGGUGUGCGUCAAGCACAUCACCAGCUUCACCGCCGCCUUCUCCUUCUCCCUGGAGACCCAGCUGACCAUCGGCUACGGCACCAUGUUCCCCAGCGGAGACUGCCCCAGCGCCAUCGCCCUGCUGGCGGUGCAGAUGCUACUGGGGCUCAUGCUGGAGGCCUUCAUCACAGGGGCGUUCGUGGCCAAGAUCGCCCGUCCCCAGAAGCGAGCCGGAGCCAUCCAGUUCAGCCCUCAGGCCGUCGUGGGCCAGCACCAGGGCCAAACGUGCCUCAUGCUGCGGGCCACCAACGUGCUCCAGCGCCCCCUGGUGGACGUGAAGGUGAGCGCCGUGCUCUACGAGGAAUGCGAGGGUCAGACGCUGCACCAGACCUCUCUGGACUUCCAGCUGGACCACCUGGGCACGAGGUCCUGCCCCUUCUUCAUCUUCCCCCUCACUUUCUUCCACCUACUGGACCGCCGCAGCCCCUUGCACCCGGCACUCUGCGAGGGGAGCUCCACCCACUUUGAGCUGGUGGUCUUCCUAUCCGCGUCCCAGGAGGGCACAGGGGACACCUGUCAGAAGAGGACCUCCUACCUCCGCCAAGAGAUCAAGUUCGACCGGCGCUUUCUCCCGGCCAUGGGCCUGGACGCCCUGGGUCGGUACAAGGUGAAUGGCCAGCAGUUUGACACGACCCACUCCAGGGAACCUUUGGCAAAGGACUGUGUGGUGCAGAUCAACGGAGACGGGAGCGACCGGAUGGAGUGAGGAGGAAGAGGAAGAAGAAGGACCGUCGUUAGGUGAGGUGAUCUCCAAGGAAUAGUGUUUCUCAGCAGCGGUUCACACACACUUUUUUACGUCCCAAAGGCCGACCCGUUUGUAGAUGAAAAUGAAGCAUCCACCCCCCUGCUAAAGAUGGUGUAUAAACAGUUAUUAUUUGAAAAUGAAAGAUUAACUGUUAAAUUGUAGCUGUACCUCUGAAAAUGUACAAGACCUCUUUAAAUAUACACACCGAUAGUUUGGCAAAAGAUUUCAUGAUUUUCAUUCAUUAUUUUAAUUUGUUAAUUCAUUGGAGGGUUGAAUCAUCACCAGAUAUUAGAUAUAAAUUUUAUUUUAGUUGAACAACAAUUCAUAUUGAUCUUCAGCAGGUGCACAUGAAGAUUAGGUGGUCAGGGCCUCAUUUUACGGCUCAUCCGGCCAGUGUCUAUUGCACAACCGUCAAAACGACUGGUCUAGAGGAACACAGAGAUAUAUGCAGGGAGAGACUGUUAGUGAACAUCCAUGAGGGUAACAUGUGAAGAAAGAUGUACUUCCAUUUAUAGGAGCAAAAUUUGGCAGGUCUUAAAAGUGUGAAAAAUGUAAUCUAUUGGAAUGACAGAAUGUGCUGAGGUCUUCGUCAUUCGAAUCAAUGGGCAUUCACCACUGCAUAAAGACAAUGUAUAUCAUUGACAUUCAUAGUGUUAGAGAAGUGCUUGGUUAGACAUGGAUCUGAGAUGCCAUCCAACAGGAUUAGACAGUAUGCAAUUUAACUGUCAAUAUUAAGCGGCUGGGGUUAUCCAAUGGGAGUGUUUAGAACACAAAUAUACAUGCAUAAAUGUCCCUUAGAUUGGGGAUAUUUAACUUUAGACUGACAGAAAGCACUUAAGCAAAAUAAAUCACAUUAUGCCUGAAUAGUGAUAUAUACAUUAAUAAUUAAUUGAUUUGUAUUGAUUAGUAGAUUAUGCUUUAAUAAAAAAAACACAAACAUACAAAAAAAAUUAUUCACUUCAGAAGAUCAGUAAAUUAUGUACACCAAAUUUUUGAUAUACUCUUUCAGCUUGUAUUUCGAAAUGUCUAGACUUAGCACUUUGGGACAGAGUAGUUGAAACUUAUGUUUGUUUGGAGGAUAUGAGUUGGGAGUUACCAUCUGAACUUAAUUGACAUGGUGAGUGAAAUCACUGUGUUAUCUACAGUAUAUGGCUUUAAAAAAUCAUGUGAAGUAACAGAAGAAACACAAGAGGAGAAAGGUUCAAUAAAAGUUGAUUGUGAGGGAUGAGAUCUAAAUGUAUCACACAUACUUCAGUGCCUUGUACAGUGUACAUUACAUUAAAAUAAAUAUUUUCUAAACAAACCUACAACCGCCUCCUGUUCUGUUCUUCUCUUAGACCUGUUUUUCACAACUACAACAAGAGUCAGCUGUAA